AUGGCCGCGUUACCCGUCGCCUCGGCGCGCGUCGCCCCGCGCGCGGCGAUCUCGCCGCGAGCUCGCCGCGCCGCGCCGUCGUCGUCGUCGUCCUCGCGCCGCGGAGGACGCCUCCGCGUCCGCGCGGAGGACGCGAAGCAGGAAUCGAGAUCACCCGCGCCGUACGUCCCGGGGCAGAUGAUGCGCGAGGAGAACGCGAAGAAAGAGGAAGCGAAGAGCGAGAAAGAUAAAAAAGAGGCUGAGUUCGAGAAGGCGUUCGCGUACAUCCCGCCGGAGGGGUAUCCGGAGCAGAACCGCCUCAUCCCGAAGGGCCUGCGCGUGCGUCUCGGCGCGGGGAUCGUCGAGAUCGUGGACGAAGACGCCAUCGAGCGCAAGCGUCAGGCGGCGAAAGCAGCCGCGGAGGGCGAGGGGCGGCCGGGGUCGUACGUCGUGGAGGAGAACUUCCAGACCAAGGACAAGCAGAACGUCGUGAUCGCGGCGAUGAACGAGGAGGACUGCGUGGACGCGACGAAGCUCAUCAUGUCGUUGUUCUUCAAGGUAAGGCCGAUCGAUUACCUCGCCAAGGACCGACUCGAGGCGGAGCAGAGCGAAAGAGUGUUUAACGGCCUGAAAGAGGGCGUCUUAGAGUCCAACGAUCGCCUUCUCAUCGUCGCGAAGAUCGGCGGGCGGCUCGUCGGCGUCGCGGAGGUGUCGUUGCCCGGAGGGAAGCGGUUCGGCGCGGAGUUGCUGCAGCCGAGGGCGCCGGAUGAUUUCCCGUACGUCAGCGACGUCGCGGUGGCGCCGCCGGCGCGAGGGAAGGGCAUCGGACGCGCGCUUCUGAACGCGUGCGAGAGCGCGAUGGUGCGCCAAGGGCUGGAGAAGAUAUAUCUCCACGUCAAGGUGGACAACGAGGAGGGGCAGGCGCUGUUCGAGAGAAGCGGGUACGAAGAGCCCGCGGACGCCAAGGCUGGGCUGACGCAGUUUCAGAUUUCGCAGCGCGCGAGCAAAGGGGGCGUUUUCUCCAAGCUCGGGCUCGUGGAGGCGGGGCACAUGCUGAUGAUGAAGGAGCUGAAUGCGGAGAGACGCGCCGGGCAAAGUCCUUAA